GUAGUCCUAGUUUACGAGAGCAUCUUUGUUCACCAUGAUGCAGUGGAACAAUGAUGACUUCAGCUAUACAGUGAGAUUUUUGUAUAUACACUCAUCCCAAGGCAGUUCAAUAAUGAGCAACAAAUCGGAAUUGGGUAAACGGAGUCUGAAGAAGUGAUUAACAAGCAGCCCUCUCUUCUCUGUCGGUCUCUGCCUGUCCCAUGACCCUGGCGUGGAGAAUGCACUAUCUGCUGUAAUCUUUGUAAAGUCCGAAUUUCUUCAAAUGUCAUGUGUUGGAUGUCAUUUCAUCGCUCUUCCUAACCUUCAUAACCCUAUCCUCCCUUUCCUUCACUGCCCCGCUCACUUCAACCUUCUGCUUCUCUGCAGAUCAUCGCUCUUUUGGAGGGGACACCCCUUGUCGGAGGAUAGCUUUCUUCUGCCGUUCUUACCCACUUCUUUCUUCAUCCUUCACUCCUGCCUUCUUCUCAUCCCCUCCUCCCUUCAGAUUGUUUUUCCACUUUACCUCUUCUUCUGGACUUGCUCUUUGCCUGUCUCCCUUGUUGUUUCUUCUUCUCCUCCUGCUCUCUCUGAGAGUCACCUUGGUAUUCUAUAGUUGCUACAAAGAUCUCAUCUGCCAUGUGGUGGCUGCUCUACACACUGAUCUGUGUGCUGCUGGUGGCGGUCAUCUUCUUCCUGACCGCUCGAAGGCGCUACAAGUUGUUCAGUGAGAAGAGCGUGAGGCCACCAGGACCCUUGGUCACUGACAGCAAAGAGAGGGAUGACAGACUGAAGAGAGGUUUCCGUGCGGACCGUGUUCCCCCGGCUCUGGAUGCGGUGGUGAUUGGCAGCGGUGUGGGAGGUUUGGCAGCCGCGGCGCUUCUUUCCAAAGCCGGGAAGAAAGUUUUAGUUCUGGAGCAACACGAUCAGGCUGGUGGCUGCACACACACCUUCCAGAAUAAGGGAUUUGAGUUUGAUGUAGGUAUUCAUUACCUGGGCCAGCUUCAUGAAAACAGCCUGCUGAGGAUUACUAUGGAUCAGAUUACUGAGGGACAACUGCAGUUUACACGUUUGGGGCAACAAUUUGACACGCUGAUCCUGGGUCAGGCUGACCAGCGCAGAGAGUAUCAUAUCCAUUCAGGGAAAACUGAGAUGACAGCUUGCCUAAAGAGGCAGUUUCCUGGAGAGGAGGAGGCCAUUGAUGAAUUCAUGAAAUUAAUGAAGCUAGCCUCACAGCGGACACCAUUGAUUGCCAUCUUGAAGAUGAUACCCUAUUGGCUGGUUAACUUCCUGGUUCGUUACGGCCUGCUAGAUCGCAUAUCUUCAGUGUUCCGCCUGGCAACAACAAACCAUUCCGAAAUAAUGUCCCGUCUCACACAGAACAAGGACCUGCAGGCUCUGUCUGCCUACCUGUUCUAUGGUGUUCCUCCUAAGGAGUCCAGCUUUCUCAUCAACGCUCUCCUCCUUCACCACUACAAACGUGGUGCAUACUACCCACGGGGGGGUGCCAGUGAGAUCGCCUUUCACAUCAUCCCUGUCAUUCAGCAAGCAGGGGGUUCGGUGCUGGUCAGGGCUCCUGUACAACGCGUCCUGAUCAACCAGCAGGGGAAGGCCUAUGGUGUGACAGUGCGUAAAGGUCAAGAUGAGAUCGAGGUCCAUGCCCCUGUAAUCAUUUCCAAUGCUGGCAUUUUCAACACCUUCCAGAAGUUUCUUCCUAAGCACGUACAGGACAAACCAGAGAUCCAGUCACUGUUGGGUAUGGUACGUCAUGGCAUGGGUUCCUUCUUGGUCUUUGUCGGUCUGGAUGGAACCAAAGAGGAGCUAGGCAUCGUUUCUACCAACUUCUGGAUGUAUAAAGACAAUGACUUGGAUUCACUAAUGGAGCGAUACUCGUCCCUGAGCAGAGAUCAGGUAUUGGGGAACAUUCCCAUGAUGUUCAUCACCUUCCCAUCUGCAAAAGAUCCCACAGCCAACAUCAGACAACCUGGUAAGUCAUGUAUGACAUUGCUUACCAUGGCUUCCUAUGAGUGGUUCGAGGAAUGGGAGGGGACGAGGCUUGGAAAGAGGGGACAGGACUACCUGGAUCUGAAAAAUGGCAUGGCCCAGGAGCUGCUGGAGUGGGCACUAACCAUUUUCCCACAAUUGCGAGACAAGGUGGUGAUGGUGGAUGCAGCCACCCCUCUAACAAAUGUCCACUAUCUGGGUGCUCCAAGAGGAGAGAUGUAUGGCGCUGAACACAACUUGGAACGCUUCACCCCUGAAACGGUUGCUAGGACACGACCGCAGACACCAAUUGACGGACUUUACCUAACAGGGCAGGAUGUAUUCUGUAACGGCCUUGCUGGAGCUGUGCAUGGUGGACUGCUCUGCGCCUCUGCUGUCCUUGAUCAAAUCCUCUACAUUGACCUUCUGGCCCUGAAGACCCAAAUGAAACAUAAGAAGACCAAUCAUAAGCUGGCCUAGUAGUCACGGGGCAGCAGUGGAGGUUAUAAAUGCAGCUUUAACACAUACUUUAUAUUUAAUUGUGCGCUCAAAUUGGGCUCUGUGACGAAGAUUGUAAUGUUAUGAUAAUUUUCUUGUUCUCCAUAAGAGCACUGCAUGCCCAUGUUACCACCAUUGUAUCCUCUGAAGUGCGAGCAGGGAUUGUGGGAUUUCAAGUAGACUAAUCUUCCACUGUGAGGCUAGCGAGGAGAACACUGGCUGGGGCAGCUCUCCUGGAGCAGAUGAAUGGAUUAAAACUCAAAAGGAUUGUCAGAAGUGACAUACUACUUGUGAAACUGAUUCAGAUAAUAUUCUGUCAUUCAAAGGGGUUAUGGAGGCCAAUUACAAGCACGAUUUUUUGUUUAUCCACAUUUGCUGCUACAUUGCUGACACUAUGAAAGUUCUAGUGUUGUUUCAUGCUUUUUAUAUUUCCAGGAGGUAAAGCAAGUGCAAAAAAAUGAUGUACAAAUGUAAAGAAAGAUAAAGGAGGAAACGAGAUAAACUGUCAGGUGAUGGGAGAUGUGAACAAAUUCUGAGAAAGCGGAAACACUGCAGAGGUCUAGACUUGAGUUUCAAGUGCAUAAUGUAAACCCAACAAAAGCAAAAACAAAAUUGAACAUGAUCUUUUCAUACAAGGACUCACCAUAAAAGCACAAAUAACCACCACUAUGAGGAUUGGAAGUAACGAAAAUGCAUUGAUUAAAAAUAAAGGUGAUAAAAAUGCAUGUGACUUAAAAAAGCAGUAAAAUGGAGUGAAGUGAUUUGAUUAAAACAGUCAUGAUGUGAUGGAGUCAUGUUUCCUCAUUUUUCCUGAUUGGCAUUCAUCAUUUUAGGAAAGUGGGUGGGGAAAAAAACAAUAAUUUUCACGAAUUAAUAGUGGAGUUGAUGGGAUACAUGUGAAUUUAACAAUAAGGGGAUAAUUUGAAAGAGUCUUGAAUAAGUCUUGAAGGAGCCUGAGUCUGAGGAUUCACCAUCGCCUAUAUACGAUGAGAUCCUUUGAUCACAAGUGUAGGUGUGUGCUAGAUCACAGGAGGGUCAGAGCCGUUGAGAGAGAAUCAACAACUCUAUUGGACGAUGGACCUUUUUUUUUUUUUUACCAGCAAUGGCGGAUCAUUGAGCCUCUCAAUAGUUCCCGGAAGUGAGCAGCAGCACAUUAGAGAAGCAGCAGGAUGGAGUCAAUGGCCCGUCUCUGUUGCACUUAUGAAAGAACAGGGUACGUAGUGGCAUGGCCUCGGUCAUGCCGUGGUCUGCUGGGGAGGAAGCAGCAAGAAGAGAGACGCUGGUUGACUGGACAGACUGGUGAGGAGAGCUGGCUCAGUGGUGGGCACAGAGCUGGACUCUCUGGUGACAGUGGAAGAAAAGAAGGACCCUGGACAAAGUGCGGUCCAUACUGGACAACGCCAACCACCCACUGCACAACACCUUCACCAGGCAGAGGAGUGUGUUCAGUGGCCGACUGCUGUCCCAGUCCAGCUCCACCAACAGUCCCCCUGGCCAUCAGACUGUACAACAGCUCCUAGUCAAGGCAGGGAGGACAAUAGAAUAGGACAAUUUAUUUCAACCUUCAUUUGCAAAUCCAUUUUGCACCGUUCCCGUUUUGCACUGUCGUAAGCUUUUUUUUUAUAGUUAUAGUUUAAUAUUUAAUUUAAUUUUGUAUUUUUAUUUUAUGUAGGAUUGAUGUAUGUUUAAUGUAUGUAUGUUUGUAAAUGCUGCUGGAUGCCGAUAAAUAAAGUAUCUACUUCUACUACUACUACUGUAUUACUGGGGAUUGGACUUUGGUUUUACUGGGACAUGUUAGCUUUUAGGUUAGCCUCUACCAAAAGAGACUGUCAGUAGUGUGUUCUUAGUUAGUUAGCUGGCUUGCUAACGAUUAGCCCCUGAUAAGCUCACAUUCAAGUGCCCUGGGCUGACAUUGAGCUGACAUACCUCCCGAUUGUUGGCUUGUACGGACGUGUGACAUUAGCUGGAAGCCGGUGUUUUUUUUUUUUAUUAAGGUCUCACGUAAAUAUUCCAUAACGCAAAAGAUUGGGGGCGGAAAAGUAAAAUAUGCUAAAGUCAUUAAAUAGUGUGAGAAUUGGCCCGGGACCUCGCGCUCGGUCGGAACUUGGCAGUGUGACACCCGCCGGAAGUGAACAGGCGAAGCAUCUGCAGCGGCGCAGCUCUGGAAUCACAGAUCCGCAGUGCAAUCCAGCUGUUAGCUGGAGGACGGUGCUGUGGUUGUGUCGCUGGUAAAAAAAAAAAAAUAAUAAUAAUUAGAAUCAUAAUAAUAAUAAUAUUGAAGCCGCAAUGUCUUCGCUUCAGUAU